UAUUACGGGGCAGUAAGGGUUCCGGGCGGUCGGUGUAGGCUGCGGCCGGGCCCCGGCUUUUCGGACCCGGGACCCGGGGACGGAGGCGGGGCCUGUGGGCCAAGAGUGUCCCGGCGUGACUGCAGAACGGGCGGCUUUCACGGAGGUCUCUGGCCGCAGAUGUAGGGUAAUGAGGAAAAUGUUAGAAGUCAAAGUGCCGAAGGGUGCGGUGAAAAGUAGGCUUCUUGCCUUGCCUUCAGCUUCCUUCAUACAACGCCAUCACCCUCAGAUACCCCGAACUUCGGAUGCUGAGUUUGUAAAUAAGCCUACAGAGGCUCUCAUCUUGCAGAACUCUCAAGAUCUCUUGUAAAGAGAUUCGUAGUCAGAGCUUUAUGCUGCAUUUUUUAUUCAGGAAAGAAGCAGGGAGAGAAGAGUGUCAUUUCCCAGGAAUCCAGCACUGGAGAAACAAGCUUCUCAGGCUGCAUUUGUGCCUUCUUGCAGUGCCUGGAGGACCUGAAGCCAACUCCCCGCUCCUCUGCAAGGUGACAUCCAUCUAAGCCUGGAGGAAGAUUCUUGCGAGGAUGGUCUCCCAUUCAGAGUUGAGGAAACUCUUCUGUUCCGCAGAUGCAGUGUGCUUUGAUGUUGACAGCACGGUCAUCAGAGAAGAAGGAAUUGAUGAGCUAGCCAAAGUCUGUGGUGUUGAGGCUGCCGUGUCAGAAAUGACACGGCGAGCCAUGGGUGGGGCAGUGCCUUUCAAGGCUGCCCUCACAGAGCGUUUAGCUCUGAUCCAGCCCUCUAGGGAACAGGUGCAAAGGCUCAUAGCUGAGCACCCCCCACACCUGACCCCAGGCAUAAGGGAGCUAGUAAGUCGCCUCCAAGAGCGAAAUGUUCAGGUUUUCCUAAUAUCUGGUGGCUUUAGGAGCAUCGUAGAGCAUGUUGCUUCAAAGCUCAAUAUCCCGUCGACCAAUAUUUUUGCCAAUAGGCUGAAGUUCUACUUUAAUGGUGAAUAUGCAGGUUUUGAUGAGAUGCAGCCAACUGCCGAAUCUGGUGGGAAAGGAAAAGUUAUUAAACUUUUAAAGGAAAAAUUUCAAUUUCAGAAGAUAGUCAUGAUUGGAGAUGGCGUCACAGACAUGGAAGCCUGCCCUCCUGCUGAUGUUUUCAUUGGAUUUGGAGGAAAUGUGAUCAGACAACAAGUAAAAGACAACGCAGAAUGGUACAUCACUGAUUUUGUAGAGCUUUUGGGAGAACUGGAAGAAUAAUAUCAAUUUUUAUACGGUUCAUAACAACUUUAGGUAAAUUUUUAAGAGUUAUACAGUUUGAUACCAUUUGCUUACAGUUGCUUAUUACAGCCUAAUGUAUAGGUUUGGUACCAAUUAUCUGUACUUCCAAGUAGACUACAGAAAAUUGCUCCUUUUUAACUGUAGUCCCAACAUUAUUAUGACCAUUAAUUACCUGGAGAGUUUUAUAAUCUGAAUUCUUUAUGUAUUUUCCUACCUAUAUUUUAUUUGAAACCUUUUAAAGGUGGAUAGUAAAUGAAACACCUUCCCUAUUGGAAAUACAGGGUAGGCAGCUUAUGUGAAUGUUGAUUUUCCCUUUGGAGGUAAAUAAAAAUUUGUAUCAGUACA